AUCAAAUUAGCAGGGCAACCAAACAGGUAAAUGCACAAGUGCAAGCACAAAUUUUCAGCGAUUCUUCGUUUUCCUUUCCACUCGAAUCAAACGCCCUCUAUAAAUCUCUCUCUCUCACGCACACACUUUUCAAACAAAGAAGAAACAGAAGAUAAAAAAGAAAGAGAGGAAUAGGAAUAGUAAAGGGCGCAACUAGGAAUAUGGCAGCAGCUGCGAAAGUGGUGAUUGCACGGCCGGUGACCUUCGUCACCGGCAACGCUAAGAAGCUGGAGGAAGUCCGAGCAAUCAUCGGCAAAUCCAUUCCCUUGCGAUCUCUGAAAAUUGAUCUCCCUGAGCUGCAAGGAGAACCCGAAGAUAUCUCCAAGGAAAAAGCUCGUUUGGCUGCUAAGAAGGUGAAAGGACCUGUGUUGGUGGAGGACACUUGUCUUUGCUACAAUGCCCUCAAGGGUCUACCAGGGCCAUACGUGAAGUGGCAUCUGGACAAGACUGGUCUUGAAGGUUUGAACAACUUGCUGGCUGCUUACGAGGACAAAUCAGCUUAUGCAUUGUGUACAUUUUCUUUUGCUCUUGAUGCUGAAUCUGAACCUGUGACAUUUCUUGGGAAAACUAUGGGAAAGAUAGUUCCUCCAAGGGGACCCAAGGAUUUUGGUUGGGACCCAAUAUUUCAACCUGAUGGCUACGAGCAAACUUUUGCAGAGAUGCCGAAGGAAGAAAAAAACAAGAUUUCUCAUCGCUACAAGGCCCUGUUAUCGGUGAAAGACUAUUUUGCUGAUUCUGGUUUUGCGUUUGAGACUGAUGACUCUAAGGAGAACGAGCAAAAUGCAUCUAACAAGAUUAACAAUGAUCCUUCUGUCAAUAAUGAGAAAGAUGGCUCUACCCCUAACAAGAGGAAAAGGGAGGAUGAUGGAGUAAGGGAGGAUGAUGGAGUUGCUGAAGCAACGGAAAAGGAUGAUGCAGCUAGGAAAAAGCCAAAGCCGAAGGGAGAUGAGAAGUAGUUCUCCUUUUCACUGCAGAUACUUUUUGGUCCUGUAGUCAAAGAGAGUAUUAUAUCUAGUCAAAGUUUUUGGAGAAUGCAGUGUCUCCUAGUCCUAUCCUGGUCAAAUAUUAAAAUUAUGCGUUUUUAAGAUAAUGUAGAAGCUAUGAAUUUUGGGAUCAGUAGAAUUUGCUCUAAUUUAGUCAAAUAUUAAACUUUGGUA